GCAUUUUUGUCGGAUUCACGCACUCUUUAGCUUUAUAAAUUGUAAAUGGCCUAGCUUGUUAGCUAACUAAUUCCCAUUUUUAUUUUUAUUUUUAGUAUAAUUGUUAUUGGCUUAGCAUAGUAAAAUGCAAGGCUCAAAAGGUAAAGCAGAAAAAUGUAACAAUAAUAACUCUACUAUGCCAAAAUCACAUAGUUUUAAGAUAUGUUUUUGCAUAUAUUGUGGUAGAAGGUUUCUGAACUCACAAGCCUUAGGCGGCCAUCAAAAUGCUCAUAAAAGGGAGAGACGAGACGCCAAGCAUCGGAAACAAGAGAUGAUGACGACGGCGACGACGAUGAUGAUGAUGAUGGGGAGGAGGAGUUUCGAAAUGCCGCCAUACCUUUUAGUCCAGCCCCAUGGUCUUGCGCAGCACCAGAUGAUUAAUGGUUAUAGUUUGCCUAUGAGUGAGUAUUGGCCGGGAGUAUAUCGCCUGGAUGAUGGUGCACUGAAUUUUUAUGUACCUGCAGCAGAGUCUAGUAACGAUCAAGUUGUUCAAGCUGAUGAUGUUCAAUUGUUGCCUGAUCUCAACCUGGAACCCCCUCUUUAGUUAUUAAUGACGUCACUCUUUUUUAGUUUUGUUAACGAGUAUCAAUUGCUGCUGUUUUAUGAUUUUACAUUUUGAUUCGUAAAUUUCAUGUAUCAGUUCCAAUUGUAUUCAGUUAUUUGUGAUAAAUAAUUUUUACUAAAUUUUGACUUUUUUUUUUUAAAAGAAAUUAUAGAGUCAUGUUAUUGACAUAUGGAGUUUCCGUACAAGUGUAUGAUGUAUGAAAUAUAUCAGAAGCUCACUUUGUGGCCGAUUAUCUCAAAACUUAUUUUUUUUCCUUUUUUUUUUUUUAAUUGUAACGUGUGAGAUUUUAACAAACAUUAACAUCUAUGUUUGAUUUUAUACACAUUAAUAUUAGUCAAAGUGAUGUAUGCGCAUAGUAAUUUAUCGGGUAAUUCAGUACCUUAUGAGCACAUUGACUAAACUCACUUCUUUGAUACGGAGUAGUACGGUGAAAAUCCUCUAACGAAUUGGUCAACCUGUUACAAAUCAUACUGGGCCUAUCCGGCUUAUCUUAGCCCAAACAUUACUCUAGAAUUGGGCCUGGUUUUUCUUUCACUCUUUUGACGAACUUUGCCCAAAUUUAAUCAAGUACUCCGUAUUUUCUUUUUUCACAAUUUAAACUCACUGGACUGAAGUAACCGGCGAAACUUUUUCCGGCUAAAAAAUGAGAAUCGGUACCGCAGCGCUCUACUGCCGACGGCAACUCAAUUGUUUCCGGUAUUUUUCUUCUUCAUCCUCCGAACACAUCUCAUUCAUCAAAGAUGUAGCCGCAACUUGCAUCCCCGAGCGCUUGCCUAAUUUACUGAAUAUGCUUCAGACAAGAGGGGAUUCCAUUAUUUCACCUGAAGACAAGCAUGGGAUUUUCCCCCUUGCAAUACCCUUGUCGAAAAACAGCUCAGGUGCUAUGAUUUCUCUGUUAAGGUGGCCAACAGCACCAUCUGGGAUAGAUAUGCCGGUUGUGCAAGUCCAUAAGCAUGGUGUGUUUCCAUUAGCCAAGAAUGUUGACCAGUAUCUUCAUAGAAUGUUGGUUGAACAAGAUUCCAAUGGCCUUAAAGAUAGAAACAGAGAGCUGUUAAAUGUUUCUGCUAAUGCUGGAGAACUGUACACAGAGGGGAGCUUCAUAGGUUCACAAUUGCCAGACUUAGAUACCUAUCUUUUAAGGAAGGUUGGUGUUUUUCCUGAUGUUUUAGAACGCAAAAUUGACCAUGAACUUGAGAAAGGGAAUCAUGUUUCAGCUCUAGUAACAGGGGAGUUUUAUGCAAAGAAGCAGCACUUUCCUGGCUUUGGACGACCUGUUGCAUUCAAUGCACAAAUUUUGCUCAAGAUUGGACGCGAUUCAGAAGCUAAAGAUGCUGCAAGGGGUUCACUAAAGUUACCCUGGUGGACUUUGGGAUACAAAUACCAGGAAGUUGCUGAAAUAGCAAAAUGGAAAGACGAGCAAAUUUGUUAUGUUAAGAAAAAGUUGACUGAAGAAGGAAAGCGGCAGGAUCUGAACAGGGGAAAGGAGCUUGCUCAGAUUGCAUUGGAUCAAGCUGCAUUUUUGCUAGAUUUGGCUUCUGUCGAGGGUUGUUGGGAUGACUUUGUGGAUCGCAUUAGCGAAUGCUACAAAGAGGCUGGUCUCCCCGAAUUGGCAAGAUUUAUAUCAUUUAAAGGCUAAAUUUGAAGUGCAAAUGUCUUCGCCUCCCUGAUCAGAAGCUUGUAGUCUCAGAAGAGUGUAAAUCAACUUCGAGUUGCCUGGUAUCAGCAAUUUUGCAUCAUUAUUCUUCACCUUAGUUUGACAUGGUGUAACCUAUGCUAUUCAGACUCUUCAUUUUACCUCUAUGUGACGGAUCCUACACACUCGGACAUAUAUAGGACACUUCAACCCUUCAUUUUGGGUUAGAAUCAUUGAUUUUUUUCACAAAAUAGCUUAGUUGAACAAUUGGACAUGUAUCCGUGUCGGACAAGAGUACCCCGUGUCCUAAAUUAUGAUAACAUAGGGUGUAGCUUUAUCUGAAACUGCAAUGAUAAAACUCAUAGAAGUGAUUGUCUCAUUCAUGCAUAAUUGUUAUGGAAAAUACUUUAUGUUGUUCA